CGAGGGCGGAAGUUGUCUCUGUUUGUCCAUCAGUAAGAGCUGGAUGAGGGGAGUAGAGGCGUUGGUUUUUAUGAUUUUAAUCGUAAAUAAAAGUUAGCUUCUCUCUCUCUCACACACACACACGCAGAUUGAUGGAGUCCGAGGUUAAAGGAGCCGUGCUGCACAUCGUGGUGGUCGGCUUCCAUCACAAGAGGGGCUGCCAAGUGGAGUUCUCAUACCCCCCCAUCAGUGAUGAAGGUCAUGACAGUAACUCGUUGCCUGAUCAGUGGAAGUACCUGCCGUUCCUCGCGCUGCCUGACGGAGCGCACAACUAUCAGGAAGACACGGUGUAUUUCCUCCUGCCGCCUCUGAGCGAGGAGAUGAAGUGUGUGUACGGCGUUUCCUGCUACAGACAGAUUGAAGCCAAGGCACUGAAGGUGAGACAAGCUGAUGUCACCAGGGAGACGGUGCAGAAGAGCGUGUGUGUGCUUAGCCGAGUGCCGGUGUUUGGUCUGAUUGCGGCGAAGCUGCAGCUCAUCACACAUGCCUACUUUGAGGAGAAAGACUUCUCUCAGAUUUCCAUCCUGAAGGAGCUGUAUGAUCACAUGAACGGGUCUCUACGGUUCCCAACACUGGAGGGGUCACAGGUGUAUCUGGGUUUAUCUGCGCGAGAUUUAAUACUGCACUUUAAACACAAGGUUCUGGUCCUGUUUAAGUUGAUUCUGCUGGAGAAGAAGGUGCUGUUCUAUGUCUCUCCUGUGAACAGAUUAGUGGGGACCCUGAUGACUGUUCUCUCGCUAUUCCCAGGUAUGAUCGAACGUGGCCUGCCCGACUCCUCUCUCUAUCAUCCUAAAAGCAGCCAAUCAGAGAGUGGUGACAACAUCAAGAGCUCAGACCUCACAGAGAACACAGAAGUGUUUAUCACUGAGCCUACAGCCAACCAAUCAGAGGGCUCCACCGGUGCUAAGCUCAAUCCCAGCUCUCCUGAUUGGCUGGAUAAUGAGUGGGAGAAUCUGGACCCGAGUGUGCUGGAGGAGGGAGACGGAGGAAGAAGUGCACAGACUCAGAAUAUAGAGUCCGAGUCGAACACGCCCAUCACUGUUCAACCCAAAGCCGCGCCUACUCAGACUGCCCCACACACACACAGUGAAGCGCACACUCCCAGUACACACCCACACACACCUCUGCUGGAGGAGGACCGGUGCGGUCUGCCGCUCGCCAUCUUCACCAAGGGUUACCUGUGUUUACCCUACAUGGCUCUUCAGCAGCAUCACCUGCUCUGUGAUGUCAGAGUUCGGGGGUUUGUUGCUGGAGCAACCAACAUCCUGUUCCGUCAGCAGAGACACUUGAGUGAUGCCAUCAUAGAUGUGGAGGAGGCUGUGAUCCACAUUGCUGACCCAGAGUUACGACGUAUCCUCAGCCUGACCACAGCUGACCUGCGUUUCUGCGACUUCCUGUUGAAGAGUGUGAGUGAACACAGCGAGGACGUGUUUCUGGACGGGACCGGCUGGGAGGGAGGGGAUGAGUGGAUCCGGGCUCAGUUCACACACUACAUGCACACACUAUUAGCGUCCACACUACAGCAAGGUCCAGACAGCGAGAAGCUGCUGGCAGAUUACGGAUCUGCGUUCAUCUCCACCUGGAGGAUCACACACAACUACAGAGUGUGGUCUGGCACACACCACCCGGCUGUCACCGAGAUCACACCGGGUCACCCGUUCCAAGGUCAGUACAGUGUGGCGGAUGUGAAGCUGCGUUUCUCACACUCUGUACAGAACAGUGAAAGAGGGCGGAGACUGGGCAGCGCAGUGAUGAGCACCAGCAGAAGUGUAGUGCAAACCGGCAGAGCUGUAGGUCAGUCUGUUGGUGGAGCCUUGAACAACGCCAAGUCGGUGAUGUCAUCGUGGUUCUCAACACUUUCUCAGCCAGCGUUAAUACCGAACCCACAGUCUACAACAACCAAGCAGUGACCUGCCUCUCUCUCUCACUCUCUCACACACACACACACACACACACACACACACACACACACACACACACUGUCGUUGUUUCAUGUACUCUUAGAUUGAAUACACUGCUGUUCCAGUGUCUCUUUACCGUCUCAUCCUGAUCUGAGUGUGUUUACCUGAAAUUAGCGGCCUUAACGUUUACUGUCCAGUGUACACUGUCUGUCAUCGAUGCAUCGCUACCCUUCUCUGCCCCCCCCCCCCCCCGACCAAGUAUAAGUACGAGUGCCGUUUUUUUGGUACUCGUCAGUUCCGAUACUGAUAUUAAAAUGAGUAAUGUAAUUAGUAUUAAUUGGUCAAGGAGAGGCGUCAAGGAACAUUUUAUUCAGCUCUGUUUAUGUUGGUUGCUGCCAUGUUCUGUUAGCAGUGUACCACCUGUGCUGAGUUUUAUGUUUUGUUGUUUAAACACUAUCUUUGCUUAAUAGAGAGCGCACUCCUCAGGUAAGAGGUUUUCGCACUUUCUAUCAAGCAGUACUGUUGAAACAGUUUUAUCAGGUGGUUUGAAAUACAUCCAGAUUGCUGUCAAUUCUUGUCAUUUUCUCAUUAGUGCAACAACCUGCACUAGACUUGUGUCACAUAGUAUCACGUGGUAUCGGAUGUUAGUAUUUUUUGUGUGUGUAGAUAUAUCAUGUCUGUCUGGUGUAAAAUCAGAAAUGCUGCAUAUAAUAAGAUGAUAAUACAAUAAUAUAUUAACUUUUAUAUUAAUAAAAAUGAAUACACUAAGUGAAAUAUCUCAGAUUAGUAAUCACAACAGCUGUAGCAGGAAGUGAUCAUUAAUAAACACACUUAAAGCUAGAUGGCCUUUCAAUUUCAUAAAAUCGGUGAAAUUUAGUUCCCUCUGAAAUUUGGUCAUUGUGAUAUGUCUGUGUAAUCUCAUCUCAUCUCAUUAUCUCUAGCCGCUUUAUCCUGUUCUACAGGGUCACAGGCAAGCUGGAGCCUAUCCCAGCUGACUAUGGGCGAAAGGCGGGGUACACCCUGGACAAGUCGCCAAAUCAUCACAGGGCUGACACAUAGACACAGACAACCAUUCACACUCACAUUCACACCUACGGUCAAUUUAGAGUCACCAGUUAACCUAACCUGCAUGUCUUUGGACUGUGGGGGAAACCGGAGGAAACCCACACGGACACAGGGAGAACAUGCAAACUCCACACAGAAAGGCCCUUGCCGGCCACGGGGCUCGAACCCGGACUUUCUUGCUGUGAGACGACAGCGCUAACCACUACACCACCUAUUUGUGUAAUAUCUCAACAAAAAAAAAACACCCAGGCCAUUCUGUGGCUGGGAAGUUAUUUAAUUUGAGGGGAUUCCCUAGCAAAUAAUGUGCCUGAAAUUGCUUGACUUCGUGAAUCAAACAGACAGAGAAAGUCCAUGUGCGCAUGCACAGGUUUACCUGCUUCUUUUUUUGGGUCUUACAGUAAUUGGCAUCCAGUGUUGCAUUAUUGCCAUCUACAGGUUUAUCUUGACAGUGCGCUGACAGUUACAUCAUUCUGUCGCUAAAUGAACAGCUCAUCACACCUGAGGUGCUCGCUGACCACCGAUAUUUAUUAAGGAAACGCAACAUAACAUCUUGCGUAAGGAAUUCUUUGCAACAUACCAUCUUUUCUUCUCACUUUCCGUUACUGUAGUCGGUCUUUCACGUUUCAUUCGCACACUCACCGCCUCCAUUUUUCUAUUUUGCUUCAAAUUUGUAUCCCACAAUGCCUCGUGUGAACGGGGAAAGCCCACCACAUGAUGCAUGACAUAGGAUCUUGAAUUGGGUCAUGGUGAAGCAGGAAAAAAUAGCGGAGAAUUUAGGGCCAGGUGGACCUAAAUUCAUUAAUUGUUCUAUUUAAAAAAUUAAUAAAAAUUGGAAGUCUGUGAUUCGAAUUCAGUAGCUUUCAGUCCACUAAACAAAAAUAAUUGGAUGUCAGGGAAAAUUCUUUUUAUGACCUACACUUGAAAAAUCUGAAAGGCAGUCUACCUUUAAAUGCUGAGCAGCUGAGCACCCGCUGCUUAUUCAGUAAGCUGUUCUUCCUCACACACUACAAACAUUACACACCCAAGAUAGGCUUGUAAUCAUGUGGCUGAUUUACAGUACAGUGCCCUCCACAAUUAUUGGCACCCCUUGUAAACAGAAAAAAAAAAUCACUUUUUGGUGAAGUCGCUUCAUCUCACACUGAAAAAAUGAGGAGAGACUCCGUGCUAUUUGUACAAAGUAUUAAAUGCAGGGGUGCCAGUAAUUGUGGUGUGUGUUUUUGUUGAAAAUAAUUAUUUCUUGAGGGAUUUUUUAAAAAUAAAUUCAUUUUAAUUCAA